AUGACUUUUUUAAAUUAAAAAAAAAAUAUAUGUAUUUUUGUAUUUUAUUAAAAGAUAAUUUUAUAAAUAUAUUAUAUUUAUUUAAAAAUGUCAAAAUGUCCUUUUUCUAAUUAAUAAAAAUGUUAAUUUUCUGAUUAACAAAAAUAAAUAUUAAAUGUAAAAAAUUCUUUUUAAAAAUUAACAAAAAGUUAAAUAAAUUAAUCAAAAUGUCCUUUUGUUGAAAACGAAAAGCCUUAAAUUGGAUUAAUUGAUAUUCCAGAAAAAUACUAGAUAUAUUAUAUAAGUAAUUAUGAUCAUUUAUUAUAAGAAAAAAAUAUGUAAAUGAGUUUUAAUUUAGAUAAAAUACUUGAAAAGUAAAUAUAAAUAUCUUAAAAUCGUAUUAUAUUUGAAUAAAUUCCUAUUUUUUUAAAACACACUUUAUUUUUUGAUUAUUCUAAUCUUAAAAAAAUUCAAUAAAAUGAUGUUUAUGAAAGAUUUUUUAUAUAUAAAAAUCUAAAAGAAAAAGGUAAUGAAAAAUUCAUUUCUAAAGAAUAUUCAAAAGCUUUAUAUUAUUACGAACAUGCUUUAAGUAUUUAUAAAUGGUUAGAAAUAAAAGAUAAACAAUAUAAUAAUGAGGAUGAAGAAGAAUAUAUUUUAAAAGAAGAUUAUGAAUUAGAAGAUGAAUAAAUAAAUUAAAAAUAUAAACUUUUAGUAAAAUAAUAAAAAUAAAAAACAAUAAUAUAAAUAUAUAUAUAUAAAAUAUAUAUAUUUAUAUAUAUAUAUAUUUUAUUUUAUUUUAUUUAUUAUAUUUAAUAAAAAAGCUUACAUAAUUUAAUGACGAAAAUAUAAUUAUAAAAGAUGGUGAGGAAAUAAUAGAUUUAGAAUAAUAAAAAACUAGAAUCAAAUUAUUAGAAAGCAUAUACAAUUUAAUUGGAAAUUUUAAAAAUAAAUGAAAAUUCUAGUUUGGCAUAUUUAAGAAUAGCCCAGUGUAAAUUAAGUAAUAAAAAAAGUACUUAUAAAGAUCUUCUUGAAGCGAAAUAAAUUUUAGAAAAAAGUUUCCUUUUAAGAGAAAACGAUGAGAUUUUUUCUAAUUAAAAUAGUUUUAUACGAAAAAUAUUAGGUUUGGAUAAUUAUGUUAGUUUUUGGGAGAAAAUAUAAAAUUAAUUAUAAGAAAAAAUAUUAUUAAAAAUAUAAACAGAAACUUAUUUUUUCAAAGAAAUAUUCGAAAGAGUUGAAGAACUUUAAGAAAUAGAAAAAGAAAUGAUUCAAUAAGGAAAAAUAGUCUAAAAUAAUAUUAUUUUUGAUUUAAAAUAAUCAGAAAAAACUAUUGAAGAAGAUCUUAUUUUAAUUAUUAAAAGCAAAUAUUAUUUAUUAUAUAGCGGUUCUUUUUUUGAUAAGAAUAAAAAAACGAAUAAAAAUUAUAAAAAAUUGAAGAAAUACAUAAUUAAAUGUAGUUUUUUAUGA